GGAAUCAUUGACUCACAGUUGUCAGUCCAAGAGGGUAAUUUAUUUGCUGCUUGGAGGGGUUAUAAGAAGAGCCAAUAAGAAAGGAGGUUCCUCCAGAACACAGGAACACUGUGGACCCCAAGCCCCACCCUACCCACCUCUUCAAAGACUCCAGCUGACCCUCUCCAGUCCCCUGCUUCCCUAUCACAUGCUCAUGCCCCUGGGUGGGCUGCUGUGGUGGUGGUGCUGCUGCUGCGGCUGGUACAGCUGUGGACUGUGCACCCCAGCUCCCCAGAUGUUGCGCCACCAGGGUCUCCUCAAGUGCCGCUGUCGAAUGCUCUUCAAUGACCUGAAGGUUUUCCUACUGAGGCGCCCCCCUCCAGCGCCCCUGCCCAUGCACGGCGACCCUCAGCUCCCUGGUGUGGCGGCCAACAACAACACCCUUCCGGCUCUGGGUGCCGGGGGGUGGGCAGGCUGGAGGGGCCCCCGAGAAGCGGUGGGCAGGGAGACCCCUCCUCUGCCACCUCCACCACCUUUGCCUCCUUCUGGGGAUGAUGACUGGGAUGGCCCAGCCACGGGGCCACCUGCCUCUCUGCUCAGCAGUGCUUCCUCGGAUGAAUUCUGUAAGGAGAAAACUGAGGACUGCUACUCUCUGGGAAGUAGCUUGGACAGUGGUAUGAGAACUCCCCUCUGCCGCAUCUGUUUCCAGGGACCAGAACAGGGAGAGCUGCUAAGCCCAUGCCGCUGUGAUGGUUCAGUCAAAUGUACACACCAGCCAUGUCUCAUCAAAUGGAUCAGUGAAAGGGGCUGCUGGAGUUGUGAGCUGUGCUACUACAAGUACCAUGUCAUCGCCAUAAGCACAAAGAAUCCUCUACAGUGGCAGGCCAUAUCCCUGACGGUCAUCGAGAAGGUUCAAAUUGCAGCUGCCAUCUUGGGUUCUCUCUUCCUCAUCGCCAGUAUCUCUUGGCUCAUCUGGUCGACCUUCAGUCCCUCAGCAAAAUGGCAACGCCAAGACCUCCUCUUCCAGAUCUGCUAUGGGAUGUAUGGCUUCAUGGACGUGGUGUGCAUAGGCCUCAUCAUCCACGAAGGGCCCUCGGUAUAUCGCAUCUUUAAACGCUGGCAGGCUGUAAACCAACAGUGGAAAGUGCUGAACUAUGACAAGACAAAAGACUUAGAGGACCAAAAAUCGGGAGGCAGGACAAACCUACAGACUUCCUCAUCUGCCCAAGUCAACCUACCCUCCACGGAAGAGGAGGCAGCCAGCCCGCCUGCCCGUGAAGAGGGCCCCACCAGGGCUGCCAGCCACCCCUCAGGCCCUGUGUCCCAACACCACUGUGCUUACACCAUCCUACACCUCCUGAGUCACUUGAGACCUCAUGAGCAGCGGAGCACCCAGGGCAGCGGCCGAGAGCUCGUCAUGAGAGUCACCACAGUGUGAAAGGAGGCCUGGGAGGCAGGUUGACCACACACACCCACAAGAAUGAGUCUGGGCCAGGAGGGGCCCAGGGAGCAGGAAUGGUGGGCCUCAAGGGGAGCUGUGGGGAGACUGCCUGAGGGAGAGCGUUUCUGAUUCCCAGUCCAUUGGUUCCACAGCGAGGGGAAAACCAACACAAACUUCACAACAAUGGGUGGGACAAAUGGAAGCUGCCCUAAGAAAACAACCCCUCCCAGAGAGCCACAAGUAGCAAGACACCCAGAAAAG